UGUGUGAAUUGGCUGGAGUUUUUCUUGUUGCUCUCUGUGAUUGGAGUGGCCAAAGGCCAAGGAGUAACCUAUGAUGGCAGGUCUCUCUGGAUCAAUGGAGAAAGGAAAAUCCUCUUCUCCGGCUCCAUACAUUACCCUCGCAGCACGCCGCAGAUGUGGCCUUCUGUCAUUGACAUGGCAAAGCAAGGAGGGCUUGAUGUGAUCCAAACUUAUGUCUUUUGGAACAUCCAUGAACCAAUGCAAGGACAGUACAAUUUUGGAGGAAGAUAUGAUCUUGUGAGCUUCUUGAAGCUGAUACAGUCAAAAGGACUCUAUGCGAGCCUUCGGAUUGGCCCUUUCAUUGAGUCCGAAUGGAACUAUGGAGGUUUCCCAUUCUGGUUGCACGACAUAGCGAACAUUUCAUUUCGGAACAAUAAUGAGCCCUUCAAGUUUUACAUGCAAAACUUCACUACCAAGAUAGUGAACUUGAUGAAACAGAAUGGGCUCUAUGCAUCACAAGGAGGCCCAAUUAUUCUCUCCCAAAUUGAAAAUGAAUAUAAGAAUGUGGAAGGGGCAUAUCAUGAGCAAGGCCCUCUAUACGUUAACUGGGCCGCAAGCAUGGCAGUGGGCCUCAACACGGGUGUUCCAUGGAUGAUGUGCAAACAAGAUGAUGCUCCUGACCCCGUGAUAAAUGCAUGCAAUGGAAUGAAUUGUGGAGAAACAUUUGCCGGCCCCAAUUCACCCAAUAAACCUUCCUUGUGGACUGAGAACUGGACAUCGCAAUACCAAGUGUAUGGUGGGAAGCCAUAUUUUAGAUCAGCCGAAGACAUUGCCUUUGCAGUUGCACAAUUCAUUGCAAAGAACGGAAGCUUUGUAAAUUACUAUAUGUAUCAUGGAGGAACAAAUUUUGGAAGAACGAGCUCUGCGUAUGUGACAACAAGUUACUAUGAUCAGGCCCCUCUGGAUGAGUAUGGUAUGAUAAGGCAACCUAAAUGGGGACAUCUUAAAGAAUUGCAUGCUGCAAUAAAGAAUUUUAGUGAACCAUUACUAUCAGGAAAAAUCACAAACUUUUCCUUGGGCCAAUUACAGGAGGCCCGCAUAUUUGAAGGAAACUCUGGAGAAUGUGUAGCCUUUCUUAUUAACAGUGACCGGAAUAAGAAUGCAAAUGUCAAUUUUCGUAAUUUGAGAUAUGACUUGAAUCGACGUUCCAUCAGUAUCCUAGGUGAUUGUGUCAAUGUGGUAUUUGAUACCUCCAGGGUUAAUGUGGUACCAAAUGUAAGAUCUUAUUCAACAUCACAAAAAGUAGAGAAGUGGGAAGCCUAUAGUGAUCCAGUUUUGAGUUUCAGUAGUAAUGCAUCCAUAGUAUCAAACAACUUGUUGGAGCACAUGACUACCACCAAAGAUGAAUCAGAUUACUUGUGGUAUACAACUAGCUAUGACCAUUCCUUUAACAUGGAUGCUCAGCCCAAACUUCAUGUAAGUUCUCGUGGCCAUGUGGUGCAUGUUUUCGUGAACAACGUAUAUGUGGGAAGUGCACAUGGAAGUGCUCAAAAUCAUGGGCUUGUAUUUGAGAAAGCUAUCUCUCUGAAAGCAGGGAAGAACAAUAUUUCCUUGUUAAGUGCGACAGUCGGAUUUCCAGAUGGUGGUGCAUUUAUGGAGCGAAGAGUAGCAGGGAUUAACAGUGUCAACAUCCAAGAAAAUAGUAAUCGCAAACUUGACCUCUCCAGUCGCGAAAUUGACCUCUCUUUUUACCAAUGGGCUUAUCAGGUUGGCAUGUUAGGAGAGAAGUUAGAAAUUUACACCCCUCAAGGAGCACAGAAAGUUGAAUGGACAAAUGCCACUAGUUCCACUCAUCAACCCCUCACAUGGUACAAGUCAUAUAUAGAUGCACCUGGGGGAAGCGAUCCAGUUGCGAUAGAUCUUAACAGCAUGGGGAAAGGGCAAGCUUGGAUCAAUGGGGAAAGCAUCGGACGGUUUUGGCCAUCGUUUCUUACUCCCACAGGAGAGUCCUCACAAACAAUGUACCAUAUUCCGCGAUCAUUCUUGAAACCUUUUGGGAACCUUGUGAUACUAUUCGAGGAAAUGGGAGGUGAUCCUGCUCAUGUAUCUCUCGUAAACGUCACAGUUAAAAGUGCUCAAGUGGCAUAGAGAGGGAAUGUAUGGGUAAAAGGAGUUGCUCCAUUACAAUAUCACCAAAGCAUGUUGGAGGUGAGCCGUGCCCCAGAAUCUCAAAGGGGUUGAAGUGAGAUGUAGUUGAUAGUGAAGGGAAUGAAAGAUUAAUAAAUCAACAUAUAGAAUGAUGUUCAUUUUUUAUAACAAUA